AUGGAGAAAUCCCGGCCACUAUGGGACAAUCCCCUGCAGUUUGUUUUUGCCUGCAUUUCCUAUGCCGUGGGGCUGGGAAAUGUGUGGAGGUUUCCAUACUUAUGUCAGAUGUACGGAGGAGGUGGCUUUUUGAUCCCUUAUUUUAUCAUGCUGAUCGCCGAGGGGAUGCCACUGCUCUACCUGGAGCUGGCUGUGGGGCAGCGCAUGCGUCGGGGCAGCAUCGGUGCCUGGAAAAUAAUAAGUCCCUACCUCUGUGGUGUUGGCGUUGCCAGCGUCGUAGUGUCCUUCUUCCUCUCCAUGUACUACAACGUGAUAAACGCCUGGGCCUUCUGGUACCUCUUCCACUCCUUCCAGGACCCUCUGCCGUGGGCCACCUGCCCCCUGAACAGCAACCGCACCGGCUACGAGGCGGAAUGUGAGAAGACGUCAUCCACCCAGUACUUCUGGUACCGGCAGACCCUGAACAUCUCUUCGUCGCUGGAGGCCAGUGGCAACGUGCAGUGGGAGCAGGCGCUCUGCCUGACGCUGGCCUGGCUGGUGGUCUACCUCUGCAUCCUCCGCGGCACUGAGUCCACCGGCAAGGUCGUCUAUGUAACAGCCUCUUUGCCAUACUGUGUUCUCAUCAUAUACCUCAUCAGAGGAUUAACACUUCAUGGAGCUGUGAAUGGGCUUGUCUACAUGUUCACACCAAAGCUGGAGCAGCUGUCGAACCCCAAGACGUGGAUCAGCGCUGCCACGCAGAUCUUCUUCUCACUGGGCCUAGGCUUUGGCAGCCUCAUCGCGUUUGCCAGCUACAACGAGCCCAGCAACAACUGCGAGAGGCACGCCAUCAUCGUCUCCCUGAUCAACAGCACCACGUCCAUAUUUGCCAGCAUCGUGACUUUCUCCAUCUAUGGCUUCAAGGCGACAUUUAACUACGAAAGCUGUAUAAACAAGGUGAUCCUGCUGCUGAUGAAUGCUUUUGACCUGGAGGAAGGCUCUUUAACAGCAGACAACCUCAACGAGAUGAAAGACUACCUCAUGGCCACCCACCCGCAGGAAUACACCCAAUUAUUGCCACAGCUUAGAAACUGCAGCUUGGAAGCUGAACUAGAUACGGCCGUCCAGGGGACAGGACUGGCAUUUAUAGUCUAUUCUGAAGCGAUCAAAAACAUGGAGGUGCCCCAGCUGUACUCCGUGCUCUACUUCGUCAUGCUGCUGAUGCUGGGCAUUGGCAGCAUGCUGGGAAACACCGCCGCUAUCCUCACGCCGCUGACCGACAGCAGGGUCAUUGCCACCCAUUUCCCCAAGGAGGUGAUCUCGGGUGGUGUGUGUUUCAUUAACUGUGUGAUUGGCCUAAUCUUCACCAUGGAGGCUGGAAAUUAUUGGUUUGACAUAUUCAACGACUACGCAGCCACCCUUUCGCUGCUGGUCAUUGUGCUGGUAGAAACCAUUGCUGUGUGUUAUAUCUACGGGAUAAGAAGAUUUGAGAAAGAUCUUCAAACCAUGAUUGGACGCAAGCCAAACUGGUACUGGAAAAUUAUGUGGGCUUUUGCUAGUCCUUUGCUAAUUAUAAGCCUAUUUAUAUUUUACAUCACCGACUAUAUCCUCACAGGAACGCUGCAAUACCAAGCAUGGGAUGCCACACAGGGCCAGCUGGUGACAAAGGAUUACCCGGGCUACGCCCUAGCAGUGAUCGGGCUGCUGGUGGCUGCAUCCACCAUGUGCAUACCCCUGGGGGCACUAGUAACUUUUAUAAGGAAGAGACUGAAGAGGGAAAGCGUUUCAACCGUUGCAUGA